CGGAUAAAAGCAUGGUGGGCGGGGCUUGGAACAGGGGGCGCAUGAGGUACGGCGACACUAUCAACGUAGAGCCGCCCGACGGUGCUAGGGCCCUGCACCCCAACCAGUUCCUCGCGAGUAGCGUGCUCACCAGCGCUUGGAAGCAGGUGGGGAAAAACAAGACGAUGCGCAGUGGAGUAGACGGUACCCGCGGCCGAGAGCUCGCCAUCUUGAGUGCCAGUGCCUCGCUGAUUUCCAUGCGACAGGACCGUUUCAUCGAGGAUCGCACGGAGUCCAUCCAGGGCCCCCCAGUAUGGAGCAUCUUUUACGACGCGACCCCGAUCCGUCUGAAGUUCGGGAAUAUCCAGGACAUGGUGGCCCCCAUUGCCAGAUACCCUGUGCAGGAUAAAGAGUCUAAGGAGUGGCGCCUGGUGACGUAUUCGGAGUACCGUAGAUUGAUGCCGAGGCGGCCCGAGCCACGGUUUGGCGUUCUUGAAGUGUUUGUUCAGGGAUUGACUUGCCACUACUUGACCACCGACGGCGUGCUGGAGGGCUUCCGUUCAUACUGCAUGCCCAAGGCCCUUGAGAGCAACAAUUGCAGCGUUCUUUUGAAGGCCACCGAGAGCUCCACGCCGACCUUCUCGCGGGACAAGUUGCGCCCCUUGGCAGCGGUGCACAAGUAUUCAUUGGUCGCCGAG